AUGGAAGAAGAGCCUUCAGUCACUAUAAUAGGAGAAAAUAAUAAUACAAUAGUGAGAAUGGAUGAGUCUACUGCUGCUCAUAUUUUGAAGAAAAGAAAGGUAAAGGGUGAUUCUAAGAAAGUCAAGUUGGAUAUGGAACUUAGAAUAUUCCAUAUUAGAAAAUCAAAAAAUGAUGAUAAUUAUGAAAAAAUAUUAUCAGAGCUUGAUGAUAAUAUUCGUAAAACAGAAAUAUCCCUAGGUGAAAUAAGAAAACGAGGAAAUAAGGCAUUAAUAGUCUGGAUAGUAUACUCAUUAUUAGCAUAUAUUGCGUAUGCAAUAGGAUAUUGGUAUUUUAUUUAUAUGUCUAAUCAGGGAGAAGGUUUUGAUUUUAUGAAAGUGGCGCCUGUUAUAACAGGACCUUUUUUCAUAGUAGUUGGUUGUAAAUUUCUUAAUUUAUGGUAUAAAAGAAAUGAAACUAAUGAAGAAUCUCAACUUGAACAUUUAAGAGCCAAACAAAAACUUAAACUAGAAGAAAUGAAAAAGAGAACUAGUUAUUAUUUAACUAAGACUUUGCUAGAUAGAUAUGAUUCACCAACAAAUUCUCCAAUAAAUCAACAACAGCAACCAAUGACUCCCGGUCAAAAAAUUACAUCAAUGACAACACCUGUUGUUGAUUCUUCGUCACCAAGAAGAGGUCGAUCCACAUCACCAAAACUAACUAGUAGAGAUUCUUCAUCAGAUCCAGAAACAUUAAAUGAAAAAUACGAUGGUUAUGAUGAUGAGAUUGCUGUUAGCGAAAAAAAAGGUAGUCAUCAUCGUACUGAUGACAAUGACAGUGAUGAUGAUUUGUAG